CUGCGCUUGGCGCACUCCGAUGCCGUCCACGGCCCAGCUGCCUUGUGGGAAAUGUAGUUCGGCGUCCCGGGGAGGCGGCGGGCGGGACGGCGUUCGGCAGAGGCAGCUCCCGCUCAAGCUGGGUGAGGGUGAGGCUCUGCCUCCUCUCCCCACCCAUCUCCUAGGAAGGACCCCACAGGAAGGAAGGAGAAGGCAGUGGAUGCUGGGCCUCUACCAUUGGGAACUCAGACUGGGAGGCAAGACUUGAAUCCAAAGAGUCAACUCCAGAGUCCAUCAUUACUGAAGAUUUAUCCUAUUGGGUAAUAAUGGAAAAGGAAGGUCUCUGGCAUUCUUCUUUAAGGGAAACCUGGGAACCUGAUAAUUGAUUAGAGGGCCAACAGAAAAACCAGGAUAGACAUCUGGGUCAAGUGGCAGUUACCCAUAAGGGAAAUCUCACGGAGAGGAGGGUAUGUAGAGGUAAUGAAUUUGAAAGAUGUUCCAAUCAGGGUUCAAUCAUUGAUAUACAACAAAGUACUCCUAUGGGGAAAAGGCCCUGUUAUCAGAAUUCACAUGGAAAAGAUAAACAAAAUUCUGAAUUAAUUAAGAUUCAAAGAAUGUUUGUAGGGAAGAAAAUGUAUGAAUGUAAUGAAUGCAGGAAAGCCUUCAGCCAGAGCUCAUCCCUUCUUAAGCACCAGAGGAUUCAUACUGGGGAGAAGCCCUAUAAGUGCAAUGUAUGUGGGAAGCACUUCACUGAACGUUCCUCUCUUACUGUACAUCAAAGAAUUCAUACUGGAGAGAAACCCUACAAAUGUAAUGAAUGUGGCAAAACCUUCAGUCAAAGCAUGAACCUUACUGUUCAUCAAAGAACUCAUACUGGAGAAAAACCCUAUCAGUGUAAAGAGUGUGGAAAAGCUUUCCGAAAGAAUUCAUCCCUUAUUCAACAUGAAAGGAUUCAUACUGGUGAGAAACCCUACAAAUGUAAUGAAUGUGGGAAAGCUUUUACCCAAAGUAUGAAUCUCACAGUGCAUCAAAGAACUCAUACAGGAGAAAAACCCUAUGAAUGUAAUGAAUGUGGGAAGUCUUUCAGUCAAAGUAUGCACCUUAUUGUACAUCAGAGAAGUCAUACAGGAGAGAAACCCUAUGAGUGUAGUGAAUGUGGAAAAGCCUUCAGUAAGAGCUCAACUCUUACACUGCAUCAACGAAAUCACACUGGAGAAAAACCCUACAAAUGUAACAAAUGUGGGAAAUCCUUUAGCCAAAGUACAUACCUUAUAGAACAUCAGAGACUUCAUUCUGGAGUAAAACCGUUUGAAUGUAAUCAGUGUGGAAAAGCUUUCAGUAAGAAUUCAUCUCUUACUCAGCAUCGGAGGAUUCAUACUGGGGAGAAGCCUUAUGAGUGUAUCAUUUGUGGAAAGCAUUUUACUGGACGAUCAUCGCUUACUGUACAUCGGGUUAUUCACACUGGAGAGAAACCUUAUGAAUGCAAUGAAUGUGGAAAGGCCUUCAGCCAGAGUGCAUACCUUAUUGAGCAUCAAAGAAUUCAUACUGGUGAGAAACCCUAUGAAUGUGAUCAGUGUGGUAAAGCCUUCAUUAAGAAUUCAUCCCUUGUAGUGCAUCAGAGAACUCAUACAGGAGAGAAACCCUAUCGGUGUAGUGAAUGUGGGAAAGCCUUUAGUCGGAGUACAAACCUUACACGACAUCAGAGAACUCAUACAUGAGGAAAGUUUUCACUGGGCUCGUUAUGAUGAACUCUUCAGUGAUAAUUAGAUAUAUCAUGUCAUGUAGAAACCAAUAAAUGUAAUGAUUUUAGGAAUCUUUUAGUUGAAGUAUAUUAUACCAUAUCCGAUGAUACAGACCACUGGAGAGGAACCAUAUAAAAGUGGAAAAUCUUGAUUGAAUUAGAAAGUAAAACUUUGCAUCUGAAGGCUUAAGUAGCUAUUUUAAACAAUGAGGAUUCAUGCUGAAGAUAAGUUCUGUCAUGUCAUACUGCAGAUUCUCCUUUGGAUGUCAGAGAUUUCACAUCGGAGAGAAUAUGUGAGAGUGCUUAACUGGACAGCCCAAAGACCUGGUAUGUACUCUGAUCUGUCACUAACUUGGACAAGUCACCAACUUUCACCAGGUCACAGUACCCUUAUUUAAUAAAUGAGGGAUUUUGGAUUUAGAAGAUCUCCAGGAUCCCUUUUAGCUCUAUAAAGCAACAAACCUGUAAACAUAAUGAAUGUUGGGGCAUCCUUAAUCUUUUACCACGUUAUAUAUGUUAUUAUAUGCUACUAUUUUGCAGUCUGGUUUCCCUGGAUGUUGUGAGUUAAAAUUCUCUAUCUCUACCAAAUCCUAUUAUUCUCCCAUGCCUAUCCCCUUCUCCUUGCAUUAUUUUCUCCUCUAAACAUAGGCUGGUUGCAAACAGGUGAUGGAAUAAUUGUACAAAUCUUAAUGCAAUGGUAUGCUGUUUUGAGUCCUCAAUUAACAGUCAUUAAAUUGUUGUUAAAUAAGCUAAUUACUUAGAAAAUAAUAUAACUUACAGUCUUUUCCUAGGACUCAAAUACAUAUCUUUGUAUCAUACUGACAAUCGAGUGAAAAGGAAGCUAGGCUGAACACUAAUAGAAAUAAAAAUCUCACAUUAACAAAAUCUUUGUAAUUAAACAUAUGCAAAACAAUCAUGGAGAUUUUAUAGACCUAUAGUAAAGAAUUUUAUUUCACACACAUUUAAUACGUGCUAUAAACAUGUGUUAGGCAUGAUUAGAAAAUCAAAAUAAAUAUGAUACAUUCUUGUUUUCCAAGGUUUAAACUGAGAAAGUGACAGUGAGAUGGGAGAGGAAGAAUUCAGGCAAAAAUGAGACAAUCUAGAUCAGUGGUUCUCAAUCUUGGCUGCACAUUAGAAUCACCUGGGAAUCUUUUUAAAAUCUUGAUUUCUGGGCCUCAUCCUCCAGAAAUUCUGUUUCUUUGUUAUGGGGUGGGGCCACAACAUUAGCAACAAAGAAACAGAAUUUCCGAGGGUGAGGCCCAGAAAUCAGGGUUUUAAAAAGAUUCCCAGGUGAUUCUAAUGUGCAGCCAAGGUUGAGAACCACUGAUCUAGAUACUGUGGUAACUGAUUCAAUGUGAGUGCUUGAAUUUAUUUGGAUGUAUAGGGAUGCCAUAACUAAAAAUAGAAAGUUGACCAAUUUGUGGGGCAGUGAUGAGUUCAGUCUGGGGCAUUUUGAUGAGUAUGUGGAUAUCCAAGUGAAGAUUCAUAAUAGACUAUACACUAAGUAGUAGGGCAUUGAUUAGAGGGUUCUCUGGGAAUAUAAUAGUUCCCCAAGCCCCAAUUCAUGGUUUUGCUUUUCACAGUUUGUUACCCACAGUCAACCUUGGAUCCAAAAAUAUUAAAUGGAAAAUUCCAAAAGAACCCCCACAAUUCAUGUUUUAAAUUGCGCACCAUUCUGAGUAGCAUGCUGAAUUCCCAUGCUACCUCACUUCUUUGUGAUCUCAUCACAUAGCCACUGUAUCAUGUCAUGUCAUCACAAGAAGGGUGAGUACAGUACAAUGAGAUAUUUUGAGAGACCACGUUCAUGUAACUUAUUACAGUAUCUUGUUAAAAUUGUUCUCAAUAGUUACUGUUAAUCUUUUACUGUACCUAAUUCGUAAAUUAAACUUUAUCUUAAGUAUG